GCUCUACAUGAGUUCUCGUUCUGGCGGCGAUGGCGAAGAAACACUAACUGACACUAGAACUCUUCAAAACAAAUUGAAUUGGUUUGAAAUCUGGAUGUUGCUUUGUAUCAAAUGUGUAAAUGUACUAAACUUCAGUUAAAUAUUUCAAUUAGAAAUUUGGCAUGGAAAAAAUAAAAACCCAAAUGUAUCCUAGUCAAAAAUACAUUCUCCUGUUGCUAUUAGUCUUACGCUACCCCAUCGACAAGGAAAGCCAAGAAUUCACCAAAAUUCAAUCUCACAUUCUCGACGAUUACAAAAACUGUCCUAAGUGUUUUGAAAACCAAUCAGACUUUUGCAAAAGAGUGCACCUCGACUAUCAUUUCGACGAAAAUCUAACAAAUAACCUAAACAUACUUUUUGGUGUUCGUCAGAAUCGAGUUUUAAGUAAUAAUAAAAACUCGAGUAACAAAAUUUUUGCCAAAUAUUUGGCCAGAGAUUUUGAUUUUAGUGAUUUAAAUGAAGAAGUUAAUGAAAAUGAAAUGAUUAGGAAGCUUUCGCAACGGUUUUUAAAUGAAUCUCGUUUAGAUGGUAUGCAAUUUUGCCCCCAUUCCGAAAUACAACGGUUUAUACAAUUAUUUGCAAAAAACUACACUGAACUUAACAUUUGGAUGCACAUGAAUAUCAAUGUACAACCAAUUCUCUUGCCACACUUACAUUCCUUGGGUUUUCCAGUGCCUGAAACUUAUGCAACUUGUGGUUUUACAAUAUAUCAAUCAUUUGAUGGAGUUCCUCUGGCAGAUCUGUAUUCAAGUGAUUUCAUAACUAAGCUAAAGAUAGCAUCGAAUCUUCUCAAGGGAGCAUUCAAAUUUUCAGAGGGUUUCAAUGGCUUUCGAAUCUACAUCACCGAUUUGAAUAUGGACAACGUAGUUUAUAAUCAAAAUGAAAACAAGGUAUCGUUCGUGGACCUGGACACUGUACUCAUUGUUGAUGACCACCAUCAGAAAUCGGAAUCGAAGCUUAUUCAUAAACAUGAGUUUUUAGAAUGCAAUGAUUGUUUUGCGUUUUCACCAACAGACAUCUGCGCUAGUGGUCAAAGUGAUAUUAAUAUAUUUGCAGUUUGUCAAUUACUUCGAGAAAAUUUAACAAGGGACCGUACGAAAGGAUUUCUCUAUCCGGUGCCUGAAAAAUAUAACCAUUUGGAAAGUAUGCUUAGCGAAUGUGUUGAUUGUAAGGAAAUAACUUGUAAAAAUAGAUAUGAUAUAGCUCUUGAGAUGAUAAGUAGAAUGGAAGAAAUAAUAAUUAAAAAUGCUUCCUGAAGCUAGAAA